UAACCUUUAACCCGCUUAACCUAACAAAAAUUUAAAGGAUGUCCUAGAUUUUGGGAAUUAAUUGAAUUCAAAGUCUCAAAAACCAAGAAACAUGAGAAAUAUGAAGAAAUACUUACUCUGGUUCGCAAAUGAGAAUAUUGAUUUCCGGAAACCGGAAAUAGACUCGCUCCUAUCUCUUUUGAAUAUAAAAAUGAAGUUUAUAAAAGAACCCCAGAAUACGGAACCUUAUUGGAUUGUUCAAUUUGAUACUGACGACGAUGUAAAAAAAUUAGCUGAAAGAUCUGUCUCGCUCAAAAUGUGUUUAGAACUAUGGGCUUAUGCUGAAACGACUUCUGAACUUCACGACAUACUAAAAAAUCAUCAAAAAUCAUUUUAUGAACAAAAUUUCAAGCCCGAAAAAUCUUUUAAGAUAAAAGUGGAAACCUUCUGUAAGCAUUUUAGUCAACAAGAGAAAAUUCAGAAGAUUGAGCAAUUCGAUUACUUACCUGUGGAAGGAUCUGUUAAAUUGAAAGAUCCCGAUGUGUGCCUUCAAUAUAUCGAAUAUUAUGGAACAAUCCCAACCAGCGCGCCCGAGGAACCGUACUGCGUAUUUUUCGGGAAAUUGAUAACUACCGGUCUACGGCAACUGAUACAGACUUUAUCGUUAAAAUCCCGAAAAUUCAUUGGAAACACCAGCAUGGACCCCCAACUAUCUCUUCUAAUGGCUAAUCAAGCAAAAGUAAAGAAUGGCGAUGUUGUUUUAGACCCUUUCGUAGGUUCUGGGUCAUUGUUGAUUGCAGCGGCUCAAUUUGGAGGUUAUGUUUUUGGUACCGAUAUCAACUAUUUGAUGCUACACGGAAAAACGAAACCCAGUAGGAUCAAACAGAAGGUGAGGGACAAAAAUGAAAGUAUAAAAGCGAACAUGGAACAAUACAAAAUCGUUCAUCAAUAUCUAGACGUUCUAGUGAAUGAUUUCUCAUGUUCUUUCUGGAGGGAUAACUUCAAAUUCGAUUCCAUCGUCACUGAUCCGCCUUACGGCAUCCGAGAAGCGACCGAAAAAAUAGGCACAGACAAGCAGAAUUACAUAGUAAACGAGGAGCAUUUACCAACACACAUUCCAUCGAAAAUAGAGUACGGAAUAGCAAGAAUCUACGGUGAUCUCAUCUCAUUUUCAUUGAAACAUUUAAAAUUAGGAGGGAGGCUGGUCUGUUGGUUUCCAAUUUUCAGAGAAGAUUACACGGAGGAGGGUCUGCCCUCGCAUCCUUGCCUGAAAUUAGUGGCCAAUUCCGAGCAGGUCUUAUCGAAGCUAACAUCAAGAAGACUAUUGACCUAUGAAAAAAUACAAGAGCCUUCUCCUGGAACAGAGAUAAAUAUCGAUAAGAUACUGGAUUUCAGGGACAAAUAUUUCGAAACUAGGGAGGAGAGUAGGAACGAAAAGAGGAUACGAGAGGCUAAAUUGAGGGAAGAAAAUAGGAUAAAGUACCUAAGCAAAAAGUGAAAAUAUACGUUUUAUUUUACAUGUU